AAAAAGCCGCACAGAUUCAAACAUGAGAUGACCUACGACUUCUCUCCUAAAGCACUACCAAUCCUCUCCUUUUCUGACUCACAACACUUUUGAAGCAUGGUGGUGAAAAUGAAACCCAUGAAAACAGCAACCACCCUCCUUUUUCUGACUGUCCUCAUCGGGAUUGUCACCCCAAAUCCAAUAUCUUCAGGGACAACAACGGCCCUGUAUAGCUUCUCCAAUGUCAAUGACACAGAUUCAGGAACAGCGGAAGGCAAUGAUGACUUGGAAGAACCCAAGCCGACCAACCCCAAGUCCCGGACGACGUGGACUGAGGUGUACGAGAAGGUCAGGCACAGACAGAAACACAUGCGCUGCUCCAUCUCCACCACUGAGAACCUGCAUGACUUCAUUGAUAUAUCCGAGGAGGAAGAGAACGUUAACCUGUUCGAGUUCACGUUCAGCCUGCUCAACUACUCGUCCGACCCGUUCAGCAACAUCACAGGUCUGUACUUCAAGCCAUCCUUGUGGUACACGACCCGCAGUCGCCACGGACGUACGCUGCUCAUGUUGUCCUUCCACUACGACGUCCUCAGCAUGAACAUCCUCACCAUCGGCGUGAAGAGCAUCAGGGUGGACCUCUCCGACUCGCCCUUCGGAUGUUUCGUGUGUUCCACGGACUCCAAACCAGACACAGGACGGCUCGUGGGAAGACCAACAGGCAUGGCGUUUGAAAUAUUGCAAAAGAAUCUGGACUGGCUGACCACAGGCAGUGUGGAGGCAGAACUGAGCUCGAGAACCGUGUUAGCACUUGUCAGUGAGGAGAUAAGAACGAACGCCCCCGUGCCUGACAAGAUGCCAGUACGUGUGGGUGAGCUGACCACAGACCAGCAGGUGCAGCACAUCCGGAAGAUGCUCCUGAGUCGUUCUUUGGUUGGACAAAGCUCCGCCUAUGGGAAGUCAGCCAGAGAAGAGUUUGCUUGUAACCAAGAGAUCCUGGACACGAACGGUUAUGCCGAGUUUGUCUACAACUGCUGCUUCAAGAAUGCCGAGGGACAGGUGGAGUGUUCCACAAGGGGUGAUGAUUUCUGGAUCAACAUUCUGUAUCUGUCCAUAACUCUCGUCAAGGUCCUUGUCUUUCUGUUCUGCCCAAAGUUUCUCCCCAAUAACAUCUACAAUGCGUCCUACGUCGCCUCGGAGUACGUCAUUACUCUCAAGCAGGAGCUCAAAAUGAAAAUGUUUAUCACAGAACAGACGGACACGAACGUUCGGUUCAAAUCCCGACUCACCCUGGAAGACGUGUCCGAGUGGUGGCGAUUCCGCGAACAGCUUGACCAGUUGCCCUUUGAUGAAAUUAUACCCAUAAAAAUGACAGAGCUGCGAAUAAAGGUGAAAGGUAAACGAAUUAUCCCCGAGAAUGAGCCGCCCACCGGCCUUAUGAGAACCUUCUACGACAAUCUGAUCAGGUGUAAGAUAAAAAACCUGGAUCCCUUCAAAGAAUGCUGCGAGACCAGCAUCUACUCAGACAUGGAGGCCAACUUCAGGCACAAAAUCACGUGGCACACGUUUGUACAGGUGCUGGUCAAGUGCCUUCUCCUUCUGCUGGUGCCCAUCCCUUACUACGGCCGUCUGUUUGUGUACUUUAUGUUCGAGGAGAAGGAGAUCGUAGAACGCCGUCAAGCCAUCACCGACCAUCGCCUUAAAGAGACCUACAGCUUCUACCGCAGCAACGUCAUCCAGUACUUCACGCCCAUCCAUGGCGUCUUCAUCGCCACUUACAUCUUCUACUUCCUCUCCGGUCUCGUCAUCGGCUUCGCGGAUCACGCUUUCAGAGAGAGGCUCAAAGACGUAGCUCGCUCUGCGCUGGCGGAUAUGAGCUCAGUGUCACAGACAGGAGUGUUGGGCAUCAUCAUCAAACUCCUUCUCUACCCUUUCAAAAGAUUCGGUCUUUUGGGCUUUCUCAUCGGGGGAUUUUACCUCUUGGGAAUGCUCCCUCUGUGUAUUAUAGUGUUCGCCGUGUACUGUAUUCCUACGGUGUAUCUUUCCUUCAGACUUCCGUACCACGCCAAAAAACUUGUGGGGAAUUCGGAAGAAGUGGACGCUGAGAAAAAGCGCAAGCUCAAAAGAGUUUACAAGCUGGGGAAAAAGAUUUCGCGUAUGGAUAAGUACGCUCACCACUCUCUGAGCGUGGAUCCUGGAGAUAGCUGUUGUCCCGAUGAGUGGGGGUGGGGCGGCUGCGCCACGGUGAAGAGCAUCUUGAUCCAGGUGGCGUGUGCUGGGUUCUGUCUGUGUAUUCUCUACUCCAUAGCUCUAGUGACUGCGGAGUCUGUUGGCCUUUUUGUGGAGGUGAUGGCUUUCACGAUGAUGGGCAUUAUCGUAAACGCCGGAAGUGUCCUCAAAUAUGUGUCCAUGGUUCUCCUUGUGUUUGUUUACAUGAACGAUUGCUAUAGCAACGUGUACGAGAACUAUCUGACAUUCAACAAAACAAUCAUCGACGACAUGAUUGACAGAAUCACCGCCGACCUCAGAAAAAUUGCCAGUAUGCCAUCUAGUCAACAGGAAAACACAGCAUUUCAGGUGAAAUCCGUCGACGAAGAAAAGGAGAUGGUCCCAACUCUAAACUUCGACAAAAGGGAAAUCCGCUGGAAACUGGGUCAACUGUUGCUCUUUCUAGAUUGCUACGACACGCCCAGGAUCCCAUUGAGACUGUUCCAGAAACUGUGUCAAGUGAGAGUUCACGGCGCCCCGGGUCCUGUCUACAUCAAUCUCCUGGCGGCUACUGGCAAGUUCAUGAUCAUCGUGGUGUUCCUCAUGUUUGUCAUGAUUGUGGUCAUGGCUUUCGGGAAUGUCUACCAGAUGUCAUCAACAAACACCACGUUGGCCACAUUAGCCGGCGGUUUCGUGCCCAUGUUGCUGAAGAACGUACUGUCUUCAAAGGGUGCCAAACUCAGUCUGAAGACAGUCAGCUUCAAGGGUCAGAUCGAUGAGAUUAUCGGGGAGUACAAGCAGUUCUGGCCGGUCCUCGAUCUGCUGAUAGAGAGGGACAUUCCCAAAGAACCCACCGAAGAGGAAGAAGAAGGAAAGACGGAUGAAGGAGAAGGCGGAAAGGACGGUGACAAAAAGGAGGAUGGAGAUAAAAGUAAAAACGGGGAAGGGAAAGCUGACUCCAAAGACGAGAAUGGCAACAGUAAUAAAUCUGGGAAGAAGAUGAGCUUCGAUCAAGGAAGUACAAAAGACAGUAAGAAUACUGACGAUAAAUCCAAAGCGGCAAUAGAAGACAGUAAGAAAAACGGAGGAGAAGCGAUAGCCGGCGCAAGUGUUGAUUCUAAACCGGAAGAAGACGAUGGGCUGGUAGAUCUGUUUAUAGAUCUGAGCGUUGCCGACACGGCUGGCUGGUCUAUUUAUGGGUCAAACGACAGCUUGCCUCCUCCUUCUUCCAUGAUGCCUGGAUACUUUGACCCAAACAAAGUUGUCGUUGAUCCGGAUAAUCCCGACGGCAUAGUGACCUAUGCACCACAGUAUAAAUAUAAUCAUCAAUCGUAACGAAGGAAGGGAGGGGAGGGAAGGAGGGGGGUAUUAUUUUGAUUUUGUAAUGAAACACAAUCCAGUCGUGUCAAGACAUUAUGUGUAUGUGGACACGAAUAUGGUGGUCCAGCCAUCUCGUAUUAUCGAACUGCUAAAAAACAGUGUUGAAAAGUCCAGACAUUUCAUCAUAUUCACGUUUUACAAAUCCUGUUUCUGAUUCAGAACACUUGGUCGUCAUAGACGUGAGGGCUGUAAACAUGUUGAUUACUGGCAGACUGAUCAGUUUCGAAAGUAAGCUUUUUUUUUCACUAUGAACAGACAACCGCAUUACAACUGUUAAGAUUUUCGCCAUUCCCAAUGUUGACUAAAUUCAGAAGAAUUCCACAAGUUCGCCCUGAAUCCUGUUUGCUACAUUUCGAUACUAUGAUUUUUACAACAUAUUUUUUAAAGUUGCGCUAAUGCCGUGCUGGUCGAUCUGGGCGAUAUCACCUACAGACAGGCGAUUUUGUAAUUUUGGUGGGCAGUGGUGAUCAUCUUUGUCGUGAAAAGUGUUACUCUAUUCCGGGCACCGUCUACAAAGAAGAAUAUCCCUUUUAGAUAAAAAGAAGAAAUAAGACUUAAGAUAACUUGUGGAUUCUGCUGAAGCCAAUGAGACCAAUUCUGGCAGAGAAGAUGUUGCCAACCUUUGAGCAUUUUUCAAAAGCAUGGUUUCCCCUUGCGGCGUUCCCUCUUGGCUUCUGCAUUUCUAAUUUGUGAAACCUGACGUGGUAUGCUAUCCUCUUGUCAUUCCUGCUCUCCAACUUACCCAGAUUAAUCUGCAAACAAAUACCUUUCUGUCAUCAUCGGACAAAUUCUAAUUGUUACUCUUGGUAACCUGUGUGUUCAGUUGUGAUAGUUGUUGUAGAAUACUAUGGUAGAACUUUAUGGAUUUAUGACAUCAAUAAUUUGUAACGCAUGAUCGUUGUCCACAUCGUUAUGGUGGAGACGACUGUUGCUUUACGUAAGAUUCUUUUUGAUGAUGGAAAUUGCAAACUAUUGUUCCCGUUCGGCGCACGACAAGAGAGUGAUGCCAGAAGAGUCAAGUUUCUGGAAGUGGAACUUUGUAAUGGGCUUUCAUCAAUUAUUAGGGAUAGCAUUAUAAGAAAGUACUUCCCCAUGGUCACUCGUAACUUACGCCAAA